AUGAGCUCUCCUCAACCUAUUUUUCAAUUAAGAAAAGAUUUGAGAUCAGAACCGGAGACCGCUCAGACAGUCGACUCCUCUAAACCCAAUCAAAUACUUGCCAACCAACAAAGCAAAGUAUUGACCGAAAAUGAGAAGUACAUAAUAGAGCGAAUCCCUACUUCAGAACAGUUUGAGUCUUUGAAACCAUCCAAUUGCAAUGGACUUGUUGAUGUAAUCUCAAAUACAGCUCUCAUUAACGAUAAAGAAAAUCUUUAUAUUUGGGAUUACACUUCGAGACAUACGAAUUAUAAAAAAAUUCCAUUACCAGUUGACUCUCUUUCUGCUACAUGUUUACUGACAUGGCCCAUCACAAUGGAUGACACGACCACGCAAUUAUUCAAAGAAAGUGGAGCUCACGUCAUUAAUAAUGGUGUAUGCAUAAUCAAUAAACAAACGGGAAUAAUCACAUAUUAUCAAGAUAUUGAAUCAAUUAAUAAUUUGUACACCCAGUUAUCAAGGAGUUUGGCUCAUGUACUUGACGUUAAUCUCGGGAGAAAUGAGGUUAUUACAUUGACGCUAAAUGUGGAACCAUCGGGUCUAUUGGUGGCCACUUCCCACGGGAGAGUAUUAUACAUUACACUAAGAGAUCAUAUGGGAAAGCCAAAAAUUCAAUUGAAACAACAAUUGAUUAAAUCACAUAACAAAUUCAUAUUCAAGAUGUUUUCCAAUUCCACAAAGAUUGUUUCUUUAAAAGCAGGACCCCUAUUAGGUAAAGGUGAACGGUUAGUAUAUAUAACAACAAGCUCGGGUGACUUCCAAGUUUGGCAAUUAUCUCCUUCCUCCACCAUAAAGAGAGUGGAUCGUAACAUUUUCAAUGAUGUGUUGGAUUCUUUACAAGAUUUAUACCCAUUUGCAAAUGGUACUCUGACAAUUCUAGAUUCACAUCCAUUGGAUUCAAAUAAAUGGGAUAGCCAUAUAUUUUUGUCAUCUAUUUCAGAAGGAUCAAGAACAUUUUAUAUUUUAUCCACAAUAAUAUUCGAUGAACAAUCUAAAAUUGCCACAAUUUUUUCAACGUAUAGACUGAACACAUAUGUUUUACCAUUAGAUUCAAAUCAAACCCCAAAGUUAUAUGUCCCAGAAGCCGUUCAAACUAAUAGGCCCUUAGAAAAUAACGAGGAAAAGCCUAACGGAAAUAUAAUAUCAAUUUUGGUAUUGUUUCCAAAAGCGAUUGUUUUGACUCAAAUAAGCGCUAAGUUGGAUGCUUCAUUUACUUUAAGAAGGAAAUGGGAAGACAUUAUCAGCCUAAAUGAAAAUAUUAACAUUAUAGGAACAGGUUAUGGGUUGAAUCAAUUGUGUUUAAUGUCCAAUACAAUUUUUCCUUCUGAGUCUACUGCUACGACAUUGGAUAUCAUAAAAUUGUCACUAAAGAAAUCUCAACUUGAAAAUGAAAACGAAAAUGAAAACGAGAUUGGGUUUAUCAAAUCUCAUAUAGAUCAAGCUGUUUACUUCUCAAAUGUUGUAUCUAAUCCUAUUCAAUUUAAUUUACCAAAAUCUCUUACUUUGGACCAGGAAACUAUCGAAAAUGAUUUGCUAACCUCAAUGAACGAGAUUUUCUCUUCUACUGGAAAAUAUAUACCUCCAAUCGUCCCCGACAAAUUAGACAUUCAUCUAAAGAGAAGGAUAGAUUAUUUUGAAAAUUUGUUAGAAUUUAUCAGAAUUAAUUUUAAUGACAAGACAUCAGUUCAAUUGAAAUUGUCAUUAAUUGAAAAUUUCGAAAUUAUGAAUUGUUUAUACUCAUUACUUCCAUACCUCGGAAAGAAUGAAUUAAAUUCGUUGUCCGGAAUAUUAAAUGCUGAAGGUUUAACAAUCGACACUUUGAUUGUUGGAUAUUUAGAUAAAUUUCCAAAAAUAUUUACUCAGCUACUUAAGGAUACAAUUUUUGAUCGAACAUUUGUAAACAGAGAUGCCAAUUUCAAAUCAAAAUUAUCCGAUUUACUAAUAUCUACCAUUUACGAAGCGGUUCUUGAACAAGGUGAAAAGAACUUAAGAUACGAGUUGUUUCAAUUAAAUCCAACCUCAGAAGUGUCUAAUGAAUUACCAUGGUUUACUAAUUACGAUUUAUUACAUUCCAUCAAUGAAUUAUUUUUUAAAUUUAAAUUCUCCCUUGAUAAAAAUGACAUUGUCGAUGAACCUACGUCAAAUAAAUUCCUGACUUUAGUCAAGACAUUAUAUUAUCUUUUCGAUCAAGUAAAAAACUGGGUCGCUCAAGAUUCAACAAAUCGUAUGGCAUUAUCCACAAUCAAUGAAAUCAAUACUCUAUAUAAAGAAAACCAUGUUGGUUGGAAUGAAGUCUUGUGUGAAUUAAACUUAAACGAUGAGUCUUUAAAAAUUACAGAAUUCUACAUGGAUUUAGAAGCUUUAGUGCAAACGUUACAGACUCUUGAUGCGAAGGACACAAAUAAUACAUCGGAGCUUUAUGAUGCGUAUUUUGAUAAGUUUCAAUAUGGCUUUGGUUCCACGUUGUUUGAAUAUUUCAUUAAAACUAAACAAUUAGAAAAAGUAUUCUAUAAGUUUCCAAAACAGCAUGAUAUGUUGGUAAAAUUUUUCCAGCAGAACAAGGAAUUAUACGGAAAUGUUGCAUGGAUUCAAGAGAUACUAGAUAACCAAUAUGGAGAUGCAUUUAAAACGUUGAAAUCCAUCCCGGUCAUAGGAAACUCUGUUUAUGAUAAUAAAUUAAAUUUAAAUGUGGCUAAACUAAGUAUAUUAGCUGAUAGUGAAAACAAUGAACUGAAUGUCGAAGCUCUAACUGAGAUACAAUCUGAAUUGGACGUCGUUGAUGGAAUGGUUGAUGUUAUUGGAAGACUGAGAUUGGCUAAACUGAACAAGAGAUACGCAGAUAACGAAUUUAACAAAGUAUUCGUUCAAAUAUCGGGCAAACUGAAAGAAAAUAUUACUGUUGAAUUAAGAGAUUUAAUAGAAGUUUAUACCAUGUUGGAAGAUAUAGAUGGAUUUUACUGCGCACUCAAGUUACUAUCAUUUCAGGGACAAAUGUUAAAUUAUGAAUCAUUAGUAUCUCUAAGAAAUAUGGUUUGGAGAAGAUGUCUUCUUCUGGAGGAAUUUUCUGAAGAUUAUUCCAAUACCCCCAUAUUUAAAGUAUUGCAAAGGUAUUUCCAGGAUGAAUUGUUUUAUAAUACUCCAUUACCCAAUUUAUCAGAAAUAUUGGAUAGCAGUCUAUUAACUGAUGAGUAUUUGGCCAAUACUUAUGGCAAAUUUAAUGUGGAUGUAACUGAUAUCAAGAGAUGUUUACAAGAUGAAUUUAAUGGAUUGGAACAAACAUUCUAUCCAGAUUUGGAGAAGCAUAUACAAGCUAUAAUUGGAUUAGCAAAUGAAUCUACGGGGAACAAGUGUACUAUUAAUUAUGAAAAUAAUACCGUGGAAUCAUAG